AUGUUCGCUGUUCCAACAAGACAACCAGAAUUUUUCGAACCUUCUACCAAAUGUAUCGUCGAGUCUGUACAUGAGCAGCGCAGGAGCUUUGCCGCAAGUGACUGGCUGUAUACCAAAGUUUCGGAAUGGUUGAAGCCUGAUGGCUUCACCAUUAUUCGGCCCAAUAACCAUGUGUAUGUCAUUUUCAUUAAGAGGCAUUUUAUCACAGCUGAAGGAGAUUUAGUAACAAAGCCGUAG